AGGCCCGCUCCGCCCUCCCGUGGGUAUGCAAAGGCUGGAUGUAGCUGGCACCCAGGCAUUCAGUGCAGCGUAGGGUCCCGGAGAAGAAAAGGAACGCAAUCCCCAGCUCCGCCACCGCGGCCGGCUAACUCCGCCAAGCAGCAUGAAGAUGCACUUCAGCAUCCCAGUGUCCCAGCAGCGGCUGGACACGUUAGGGGGUCGCUACGUGCUGUACUCGGUGUACCUGGAAGGAUUCCUCUUCUGCAAGGUGCGCUACAGUCAGCUGCAUCGUUGGAACGAGCAGUUGAGACGGAUCUUUGGGAACUGCCUGCCACCUUUUCCACCAAAGUAUUAUCUCGCAAUGACCACAUCUAUGGCUGAUGAAAGGAGGGAUCAGCUGGAACAGUAUCUACAAAGUGUCCCUAUGGAUCCAAACAUCUUGAAAAGUGAAGUCUUCAUCCGCUUCUUUAAAUUGCUACAGCAGGAUACAUUUAAAAUCACCACUAAGAAAGUAUUUCUGGAUGUAUUUCUUCCUGAUGGAAAGAGUAUGAGAAUUGAAAUUCUAACCUCCGACACCACUGAAAGAGUCCUAGAGAUUGUGGCAUACAAAACAGGAUUGUCUCGGGAGCUUAUUGGAUACUUCAAUUUGUUCCUGAUCCAGUUCCAUAAUGAUGGCUCCUUAUCUGUAAUGAAAAAAAUGGCAGAAUUUGAACUUCCAUAUGUGAGUCUUCAAAGUACAGAAGUGGAAAACUGUAAGGUUGGACUUAGAAAGUGGUAUAUGGAUCCAUCCCUUGACUCCGUGCUUAUGGAUUGCCAAACUGCUGUGAAUUUGCUGUAUGGUCAGGCAGUUCAGGAAAUUGAAAAAAACUGGGCCAAACCAACACCAGAGCAAAAGCAGGAAUUAGAGACCUUGAGGAAAGCAGAAAACCAGAUAAAGUUUUUGGAGCUGGCCCAGCAAGUGCAGCACUAUGGAUACAUGCAGCUAGAUACUUGUACCUGUGAUUACCCAGAACCUGGUUGUGUGGUUACUGUGUCAGUAGGCAACAAUGAGAUCAGCUGCUACAUAAAAUUGCCGGACAAUCAGACGCAAGAGGUUAACUUCAAGAUGAGCCGGAUAAAAUCCUGGCAGGUUACCUUCCUUGGAACUUUGUUUGAGGAAGAAGAUGGUCCCCAGCAAACCCUCAACCAGAAUCUGGAGCUCAAGUUUCAGUACAAUGAAAGCAACAACAGUUGGCAGUGGUUCACCAUUUACACCAAACAGGCUUUUUUGCUGAGUAGCUGCUUGAAAAAGAUGAUAUCGGAGAAACUGAUAAAGCUAGCUGCAGAAAAUCCAGAAAUGCAGAUUGAAGUCCCCCUGGAACAAGGCAAAAGUAAGAAAUCCUGCCAUCAACAAAGCCAGAUAAACUAUUUUGAUUUUCCAACAAGAAAAAGCAAGAUUUCAGUUAAGUCAACUGAAGAAGACUGCGUGUUUGAGACUAUAAGGGAAGAGGAUCUUUGAAGAAAAAGAAAAAAGAAAUCCAACAUUUUCUACUUUCUUUCUUUAAAGUAAAUCACUUUAAACAGCAGACUGUGAAUUAACCAGAAGUUGGCUUCAUAUCACCAGUGGAAGAAAAUUGACACUUUUGACAUUAAGAGUAAAGUUUUACUGUUCAAGAUGUGGGUUACAACUCAGUGUAAAUAAGAGGAUGAGAAAGAAACAGGAUCAAAAUUUGUCUAGAUUUAAGGUCAAGCAGCAAACAUUAAAACAUAUUUCACAGUUUUCUCCUACAGCAAGUAUGAUCUACCUUUACAAAUCCUCUAUUUCAAUUGCUGAUAA